CCCAGCUCCGGAAAUGCCAGGGAUGCAGAUAGAGCAGAAUUGUUUUCCCUUUGUAUCGGGUCAAAACGUGCCAGAUUCGUGUUGCUGGAACCGCCUGUAACAACCAGAACCCCUGGGAAGCCAGGGCAUGCUCCCGGAUUUUCGAUCGAAGAUCCAUAAGGAAGUUUUACAAUAAAUUUGGAGACCUGGAACAAGCCCUAGCGGUUGGAUCCUUUAUCAAGCAGAAAUGCAUCGAACAACCAGAAUCAAGAUCACUGAGCUAAAUCCCCACCUAAUGUGUGUGCUUUGUGGAGGGUACUUCAUUGAUGCCACAACCAUAAUAGAAUGUCUACAUUCCUUCUGUAAAACAUGUAUUGUGCGUUACCUGGAGACCAGCAAGUAUUGUCCCAUCUGUGAUGUCCAAGUUCACAAAACUAGACCCUUACUGAAUAUAAGGUCAGAUAAAACUCUUCAAGAUAUUGUAUACAAAUUAGUUCCAGGGCUUUUCAAAAAUGAAAUGAAGAGAAGAAGGGAUUUUUAUGCAGCUCAUCCUUCAGCUGAUGCUGCCAAUGGCUCUAAUGAAGAUAGAGGAGAAGUUGCAGAUGAAGACAAGAGAAUUAUAACUGAUGAUGAGAUAAUAAGUUUAUCCAUUGAAUUCUUUGACCAGAACAGAUUGGAUCGGAAAGUAAAUAAAGACAAGGAGAAAUCUAAGGAGGAGGUGAAUGAUAAGAGAUACUUACGAUGCCCAGCAGCAAUGACUGUGAUGCACCUAAGAAAGUUUCUCAGAAGUAAAAUGGACAUACCUAAUACUUUCCAGAUUGAUGUCAUGUAUGAAGAGGAACCGUUAAAGGACUACUAUACACUAAUGGACAUUGCCUACAUUUAUACCUGGAGAAGGAAUGGUCCGCUCCCUUUGAAAUACAGAGUUCGACCUACUUGUAAAAGAAUGAAGAUCAGUCACCAGAGAGAUGGACUGACAAACGCUGGAGAACUGGAAAGUGACUCUGGGAGUGACAAGGCCAACAGCCCAGCAGGAGGCAUUCCCUCCACCUCUUCUUGUUUGCCCAGCCCCAGCACUCCAGUCCAGUCUCCUCAUCCUCAGUUUCCUCACAUUUCCAGUACUAUGAAUGGAACCAGCAGCAGUCCCAGUGGUAACCACCAAUCUUCCUUUGCCAAUAGACCUCGAAAGUCUUCAGUAAAUGGAUCGUCAGCAACUUCGUCUGGUUGA